UUUACGGGGCGGCAGCUCGUCCAUUGCCGAGCGGAACCGUUGAUGUAGCAGCUGCAACGAACGAAGCGGGACCGAGUUGAUGUCACAUGUGUCAUAACUGACUGCGUACGGGUUAUAGCUUUCUGUCAUUUGGUGCUAGUUGGCAUUCGGAAGCGGCGGCUCUUGUGUCGACUCAAAAGAUGACAGAACGAGGUCGCGCCGGUGGAAGUGACGACGACUAUGACCCGAAAGAAGAAGAUUCUGAGUACAGGGAUGUGCGUCCAGGAAAGCAAGCGUCUCGUUCCGCAAUACAACGCGGCAUCAAAUCGCGCAACGCAAAACUCACUCUGAAAUGGUUGGAGGAAAACUACGAAGAGUCUGACGGCGUGUGUCUGCCUAGAAGCGUGUUAUACACUCAUUAUCUCGAUUUUUUCAAGCGCCAGAAUCUCGUGCCUGUGAGCGCUGCGAGCUUUGGCAAGGUCAUUCGCCAGAAGUUUCCCAAUCUGACCACGCGACGUCUGGGCACAAGAGGCCAGUCGAAAUACCACUACUAUGGCAUUGGAAUCAAGAAGACAUCCCAGUAUUUUAACUCGGUGUAUUCCAAGAAAGGACUCACGAGAUUCUCAAAAGGAAUUGCUAAACCUGAGGGUAAUUCUAUGUACACGCCUAGUUCGAAAUCCGGAACACUUCUUCCUAGUUUUCCCAACAUCAAGCAGAUUGAAUUCCCUGAAAAUGUUGGCCUGGAUAAGGUCGAAACGUUUCUCAUCAUGUAUCGUACUCAUUGCCAGAGGAUUCUGGACACGGUCGUUCGGGCGAACUUUAGUGAGAUACAGGACUUCUUGCUUCAUUUCUGGCAAGCCAUGCCAUCUCACAUGGUGUCCGUUCUUGGCUGCGACGUGGUCAUUGACUUGAUUGCAGUGUGUGACAUCACGCUUUACAAUACUCUGACCGAAGUGCUUAUUCCGGCCACAUUGCAGGCAUUGCCAGAGACGUUGAGUCACGAGAUAAAUCAGAUUACGAAGCAAUUGGGAAUCUGGCUGACGUCUUCGACUCGUGGUUUGCCAGAAAAACUUCGAGAGAGGAAACUAGCAGUGGCAGAAGCCUUCUGUAAGUCACUCAAACGUCAAACAUCACUCAUUCAUUUGGCACAAGCUGCCAAGGGUGUCCUACGAAGCUCGGACAUGGUGACACACAUGCUGGCUGACUGGCGUGGUAUGGACUUCAGUCUGAUUCGGAGUCAACUUCUCAUGUGUAUGUCUCACAUCGACAAGAACCCACUCGAUUUCACCGAUGCAGUGAUUACAGAAUUUGAGCAAUUGUUUGUAAAACAAGUACCGCUAGAGAUUUACUUUGAGUGGCUAGACAGUCUUGUUCAAUCAGAUGUUUUAGAGGGUGCGAAAGCACCGGGACACAGCAUUGCUGAGGAGUCACGUCAUUUUGCUUUGAAAUGGAGUUAUUUUGGAGAACUGACAGCUCGGGAGUUGACUCUACACAGUGCACCAAGUUUUGGUUCCUUUCACUUGUUGUAUCUUGUCCUACUCGAAUACAUCAAUCACCUGUUGGAGUCCCUGGUGGAGCAGAAUAUUCAGGAGGGCGUCAAAGAGGCACUAAACAAAUACCGAAAAACACCAGUGGAGACCGAACCAUCACAUGACGAGAUAACACAAUCUGAUAACACAGAGUUACCAUCGGUUCCUCAUCUGUCCACAACUACUUUUCCCAUGGAAUCACAGCAGAACGUCGUGUGUGGAUCAAUUGGUUCGUUUUCCGAGUUAGCCACGGCUGCUGCUCUGGCAUCCAACGUGGCCACCGCACCCACACAACCGGUAUCCAAUCAGGUUGCAUACCAAGCUGUAUAUGCUGCUCACUAUGAUUCAUACAAUGGAUACGAUACCGAUGGACUGUUUGGUAACGGUCAGGCAAUGUACGAUAUGAGUCGAUCGGCACAAUCGCUGCCAUCAUUUCAGUACCCAGUCGCGACCGCCUACCCACCUCAGACGCAGGCCGAGGUGUUUUGUCCUUCAGGAUUCGAUCUGUCUCAACUCUUCUCGGGACCACUGCCUGGUAAUCAAAUGGAUUACUCGACGACGGCAGCAUUUUCUCACAAUAGUGUAUAUUCGAAUCCCAUGGGUCAGUCAACCGAUCGACCGCAUGAUGUGAACAUGUAUUCGGUGUAUGGAUGAUGUGGUGGUGGUGGUGGUGGUGGUGUGUGUGUGUGGUUGGCUUUCUUGGUGUAUAUCGUUGUUGGCUCAUCAGGGGAUUGUGUGAUAUUGUGUCUAUUUUUUGAUUUGGUUUCUACACGUUUUACAGUCGUUUUUAUUGCCAGGGAGUGAUGAUAUAGUAGGCUGCUUCUCACGUCGACAUGUUGAGGUACAAUUUUCUCAAUAAAUUGCUAUGAAUGAUGUCUAUUA